AUGUUUUUUUAAAAAUUAAAUCUAAUAAGAAGUUUAAUAAAUUUUUUAAAAAAUUUUUAAAUUUUCUUGACUGUCUAUUAAAAGAAAGAUAAUUAAUGUUAAUAAUAAAUAUCUUAAAGGUAAAAAUUAAAAAAAUAAAAUUAAAAGAAAAAUAGAAUGAUAUAUAAAGAUAAAUAAUAAUUUUUAAUCACACAAAGCAACGAUUAAUAAAACUUAAAACUAAAAUUUAACGAUAUAAAUAGUCAAGAUAUUUCAGACUUAUCAUAUAAAUUGUAGUUUUUCAAAAACUUAAAAUCUCUCAUUCUUGAAAUCAAAAAAAAUUAGCUAAAAAAUUAAGAUGCUUUAGAAAUAAUAUCUCGUGUAUGUUAAUUGGAAGUUUUAUCAGAAUUGUAAAUAGAUCUUUCGUAAAUAAUUUCAAGGUAAAAUUUAGUUGAUAAUACAGGCUUAGCACAAAUUGGUAAACAAAUAUCUUAAAUAAAAAACCUUUAAACCCUUAAACUUGAGUUAUCAUAAAAUCACUUAAACAACAAAGGAGUAGAAGAGUUAAUUUAAUGUUUACAAAAGAAUAAGAAUAUCUGUAAUUUGGAUUUAAAUUUAGGUUUUUUUAUGUUAUACAGAAACUUGAGGCUUGAUAAAUAAGGAGCUUCAAUUAUUGGCGAAGGAUUAUAUAAGAUUUCUAAUCUAAAAAUAUUAUUUUUAGGGUUAUAAUGUAAUAAAAUCGAAGAUGAGGGAGCUCGCAUAAUAGUGACAGAAUUAAAGGAAAAUAUUAACAUAACUAAUUUUUAUUUAAAUUUAUCGUAAAAUAAUAUUACUAACAUUGGAGCAGCUUAUUUAGGUACAUACUUAGGUCAAUUUAAGAACAUUGAAUAUUUAAAGUUAGCAUUAUAAUCUAAUAAAAUAGAAAACUAAGGGUUUUUUGAAUUGGUUGAAGGAUUAGGGUAUUGCAAAACUCUAAAAAGUUUAAUUAUCGUUUUAAAGUAAAUAUUUGUUCAAUUUAUUUUUAAAAUUUCAUCAAGUAUUUAAAUAUUUAUUAAUGGGAAUAUUUUAUAUUUUAUUAGCCUUUAACUAAUACCCAUUCAUAUUAUUUUUAUUUUAUUCUUUGAAUAUUUCCUUCAAAUUUCUCUUAAUUACUUGUUUAAAAAUUCUUAUGAAUGA